UGCUUUCUCGGUGGCAUCUCCGCAUGGUGCGACGGACCUUUGACCGUCCGCUUGAACGAAUGCAGCGCCAAAGGGGAGGGAGGGCAAUGGCCAUGCUUGCGUCGUGCUGGGAUGCGUGGAAACCAGUCACUCUGGUGAAACGGAAACCCUCCAAAGAUAGCCGACGCCGUGGUGCCAAUCUGCAAAGCGCACCCUGCACACAACGGCCAUGACGACAAGUGUCCCUGUGAUGGUCAUCGUGACGUUGUUGGCGUUCGUUGGUGCCGACUUGCCCCCAGCAUGUAACAUCUCUGCGUUCAUUCAAACGUUUGCGCCGUUGAUGUCGAGCGCGGCGCUGUGCCAAACUGCCACCAACGUGUCGUUCAUGCCACCGACGGCGCCCCUCACGAAUGCCAAUGCAGCGGCCAUCUGCGCAGCAUCAGAAUGCAAACCAUUGAUCCCCGUGAUCAACCAAAUCCCGUCCUGCUCCAUCGGUCCCAUCGACAUGGGCGCCUUCGCCAGUGCCGUGGGGGGCGUAUGCGGCAACGGUACACGAAUGCCAACGACGCCAUCGCCCAAGUCUACCGCCUCCUCUCUGGCGCCAGAAGCGUCGAUGUUCCUUGCGGCGAAUGCAGCGCUCUGGCUAGGCAUGGUUUGACGUGGUCGGGUACCACACGACCACGUCAAAAGCGUCACCCUGCACACGGCGGCUGCAGCGGGACCUUCCCAACCAAACCCUUUAUCAAAGCUUCAUCUAGCACAGAUCUACUUGACGAGAAAUCGUAGCUGCAUCGACCAGCUCCGUGUGUGUGUGUUUUUCUUCCAUCGUCUCGAAGCAAAAUAGCCCGCGCUUGCCACGAAUUCAACAA